AUGGAUGUGAAGAAUAGGGCCCAGGAUACAGGGAGAAGUCAUCGGAUAUUCACCAUGGAGAGAAUGUCCUUGAAGGAGAGGAUGGGGGCACAGCUGAUGAAGGAGCUGAACCUGAACCCUAAAACGCCAAAAACCACAAAAAAAGCAGUCAAGGGAUUCACUGACUUUAUACAGAACAUGGAGACAGGGGAGACCAACAGUUACAAUAAUGAAGAAAUGUUGCUGGAGCUAGAGAAGGAGUACAUUGAAGCAGCAAAGAUAAAUGAUGUACAGACCAUGAAGAUUCUGGGAAGGGCAGUCAAGGUUGACGCAAAGAACUUGCAUGAUCGCACUGCCCUGCACUAUGCAGUUGCUGGAAAAAACAUAGAGGCCGUCCAAGUCCUUCUCCAGCGCAGAGCAAACAUCAAUCAAGAGGACAAGCAUGGAGUGACAGCCAUCCACCUGGCUGCCUGGUUUGGGAGUCUGCCCAUCCUGAAGUUGCUUGUGCAGGGUGGUGCUGAUCAGAAGGUUGAGAAUGCGCUGGGAAUGAACAUCAUGCACUGUGCUGCCAUCAACAACCACACUGACAUAAUGACAUUCAUCAUCUACGACCUGAUGAUGAAAGAGCUGGACAAAGAGGACCUGUCUGGACACAGAGCGUUUGCUUUGGCAGCAGAGCAUGGCUCUGUGGAGAUGCUGCAGAUGUUGAUGGAGGAGGCAUACAAUAUGGCCACCAUGGAGGAAGACCAGAAUAGGAACACACCUCUGCAUUUGGCUGCCGGCAAUGGCCACUUGGAUGUCGUCCAGCUACUGCUGAAGAGCUUUGAAACUCGCAAUGAAGUCAAUACGGCUGGGGAGACGGCUCUAUACCUGGCUGCUGGCGCUGCCCAUGAGGACUGCGUCCAGGCUCUGUUGGAGGCAGGCUGUGACCCAAACAUUGUCACCAUGGACCAAAGCAGUGCUCUACACCGUGUCUCAGAGAAGGGCCACACAUCGUUGGUGAGACUCCUCAUAGAGAACUCGGCCCAGGUGGACUUACAAAACCAGCACCUCCAGGCUCCUCUCUACCUGGCAGUGAAGAACUGUCACAUCCCUGUCAUCCACACACUGCUCGAGGCUGGCUGCAACAUCAACGUCACUGAUCACAGGUCCCAGACUGUCCUGCAUGUCGCUGCAGAGCUGGCCAGAGUGGACAUUGUUGAGAUGCUUCUGAAAGCUGGGAUGAACCUAGUCCUCCAAGACAAGCAGGGUAAGACAGCACUGGGUGUGGCAGCCCGAGCAGACGAGGUCAUCAUCGUUGACAUGAUCAUCAAGGCAGAGAGAUAUUUGACAUGGAGGAUGGCCAACACUGAGCUUAAUGAGAACCUUCACAGCCAGACUCCGCUGACGUUUAAAUUAGACCACCGCACAGAGAGCAAACAGACCCGCAGCACUGCCUGGCACCUGGCCUACCGCCUGCUGAAGCCAGGUGACUGGAAGAGGCUGGCGCUGCACUGGCAUUUCACUGAGCAGCAGGUGGCUGCCAUCGAGGAGCAGUGGACAGGGCAGCAGAGCUACCAGGAACAUGGGAACAGGAUGCUGUUGAUCUGGCUUCAUGGGGUAGAGCUGGCCCAAAGGAGUCCUGCUAAAGAGCUGUACCAGGGCCUGCUUGCCAUAGGCAACAAGACUAUAGCAGAUAAAAUACGAAUGGACACAGAGGAAGGAGACAUGAAGAAAUGCAUCCUUUCAUAA